AGCACACGCACUCUCUCCUCCCACCCUCUGAUGGAGGGUGGCACUGCCCCCCCCUUCCUCCAGCAGAGAGAGAGAGAGAGGUAAGAGGAGGAGAGAGCGAGAGUGGUAAGAGGAGGAGAGCGAGAGGGACGGAUGUAAGAGGGAGGCGAGAGAGAAAGGAAAAGGCAGACUCUCAUUCUGCUACCAGUGCGCUCCUCUCUAUGCCAGUACCUCUUCGUAACGCUCCCAUACACUCACACACACUCACUUUGUUACUGCAUGCUACACACUUAACCAGACAAAGAGACUGUGCGGUUGUUGAGCGGGAGCGGCAUGGAAUGGAACCUCAGAAGGAUGGACAGUGAACUGAGACAGAUCAACCCAGACCUGCUGCAGCCCAGCAAGAGCAUCAAGAAGCCCUCCUCAGGCACCAUCACCCUCAACGUGGGGGGCUUUCUCUAUGCCGCUCACCGCACCACCCUUAGCCGCCAACAGGGGUCAGUGUUAGAGGAGCUGGCCAGCGGCAGGAAGCCCGUCCAGCACACUGACUCCAUGGGCAACCCCUUCAUCGACCGUGAUGGCCCCGUGUUCAGACACAUCCUCAACUUCCUGCGGACCGGAGACCUGCAGCUGCCCGACGACUUCCGAGAGGUGGGCCUUCUGAGAGGGGAAGCAGAGUUCUACCGCCUCAGCGGAUUGGUGGAAGCCAUUUCGGAGUGGGAGGGACUGCGGGCGGCGCAGCGGGAGCCUGCCUUCCUGGAGGUGACUGACGAGAGGUCGCAGGGCUUCAAGGUGUACUGCAGCGACCCCUCCUUCAUCGACAAGAUCAAAGGGCGCCUGGUUCAGAUCUCAAAGAGCCGGCUGGACGGCUUCCCGGAGGAGUUUGAGGUGUCGUCCAACGUGAUCCAGUUCCGCCACUUCAUCAAGUCGGACCCUGGCUCCAGGCUGGUGCUGAAGCAGGACAGUACCUUCCUGUGUACCCUGGAGUGUCUGAAGCUAGAGACGGUGAUGCUGGCCCUGAAGGCUGGCUUCUCUCUCAUCACCUCUCUGGACAGCAGCAAGGGAUCUGUGGUGGCCGCAGAGGCUCUGCACUUUGUCAAGUAAGAAAGGGUGGAGAGGUGGGGAAGAGGGAAAGAUGGGGGAGAGGGAUCAGGAAGGGAAGGGAAUGAACAGGGAGGUGGAUAGAGAGGGGAAGACAGAGAGAAGGGGGCAGGUACAGGUAGGUAGAGAGGGCAACAAGUGGGAGAGGAAGGGAUGAGGGGAAACUGAUGCAGGACAGCUGUUCCUCUGCACUCUGUCUGGAGUCCACCCUCAGAGAGAUACAAGAGAGAGAGCAUCCACCACCUUGACCACCCUCACUGCUGCAGGACAGAACAUAACCUCUCAGAGGACCAGUCUCCUACUGUAUUACACAUACAUCAAGCUGCUUUUUCCAUCCUGGCUGCUUCCCCUUCAAACCAGCCUUAGAGUGCACCGUGAGGUAUUACAGUGUGUGAUUUCAGUUGCUGUGUUUUGAGUUUUCAGUUGUGUGACCAAGCCUUUCUCUGGAUCCUGAGGGGAGAGGUACAGUUGAACACUGUACUGACUGACAGACAGACUGACUGUUGCUGAUCAUUGGACAAAAACGAAUGUUUUAUUGCAGAAACUUGCCUGACUAGAUGGAAGGGAGGUCAGUGUGAAUGCCCUGCAGCAGAGAAGCACAGAGAAUUUAGACCCAAAGGUUCAAAUCUAGCAUGAUGCAUGUGCAGUGAAGACUUUCAAAUCAGACACCAACUUUGUGAUUGUUAGUGCUGUGAGUGAGUAAGUAAGUGACAAUGUGUGUUCUUUUGGAUUUGUGAAUGUUUUGUUUUACACAAAAUAAAAGUCAUGAAUAUUGGCAAUCUAAUAUUUUCCACAACUCA